AUGCGCACAGCUCCCACCGCACCGGUCCAGACCGGCCGUAUGCAGCAGCAGGCCGCGACGAGACGAGCAGCGGCGAACCCGCAGAAAGAGCCCGCAAAGGAGGAGAGCGGCAAAGACCCACGGACCACAGCACGAGACCCGCAGCAGGUGCAGCAACGCGGAGGAGGAGCAGACCACACGCAGCAAGACAGAGGACAGCAGGGACACGUACGAGUAAGCGUGAGUAGACGAAAGCGAUUCCUCCAGAACGACUCUUUGCAAGGCUUCGAGAAGGCCGUAAAGUGGGAGUUUCUCCGCUUUUAA